AUGGUUCAAGAAGAGGAUAAUGAUUAUUUAUUCAAGAUUGUUAUUAUCGGAGAUUCAGCAGUAGGAAAAUCCAAUUUGUUAAAUAGAUUUACUCGAAAUGAAUUUACAGAGAAAACCAAAGCUACCAUCGGUGUAGAUUUCGGUACAAAGUCAAUUGAAAUUGAAAAUAAAGUAAUUACUGCUCAAUGUUGGGAUACUGCUGGUCAAGAGCGUUUUAGAGCUGUAACAAGCGGUUAUUAUCGUGGAGCAGUUGGUGCAAUGAUUGUAUAUGAUAUAACAUCUAAAGUUAGUUUCAAGAAUGUAACUAGAUGGCUAAACGAAUUGAGAGAGAUGGCAGAUCCAGACAUCUUGAUCAUGAUGGUCGGAAACAAGUCCGAUUUAGACUCUGCAAGAGAGGUCUCCACUCAAGAGGCACAAUCUUUUGCUCAAUCACAUAAAAUUUCAUUUUUAGAGACAUCUGCUUUGAAUUCCUCAAAUGUAAAUCUAGCAUUUGAACGUUUACUUACAGAUAUUUAUCAUCAUUUCGGACAAAAGAAACAAGUAGUUAUGGAUGAUGGACAGGAAUGGUUGAAACCAUCGACAUCAAGUGGACAUAAGAUUACACCAUUAGCCGAGACACCUGUAUCAUCAACAACCUCCACUCAUCAAGAGAAAAAGAAGGGUUGUUGCUAA